UCGCUUUGCCGUCUGCGGUCCGGUCUGUCAUUUUUGAUUAAAGUUAUUUUACAAAUAAAUCUAAAUUUCUAAUUCGAUAUCGGUCGCUUAAUCCUAUUUAUGUUAGGUGUUGUUAGUAGAUAGCCGGAGUUUCUUUUACUUCCAAAUUACUAUUAAGAAAAUAAACAAUGUCUGGUGAAUCUGGAGUAACAAUCACACCUGAUGAAGACCCCACCUUGUCUUUUGAGACUGAGACAUCUGGAGAUGUUGAGGAGGAGGCAAUCAAGUCCUCAUACAAGCCUCCGCCAGAGAAGACCAUCGAGGAGAUUCUAGCAGCCGACCAGGAGGAUGAGUCUCUCAGAAAGUAUAAGGAGGCUUUGCUGGGACAGGCGCAAGCGGGUGCUGUUAUUAUUGAUGCCAACGAUCCACGUAAGGUGAUUGUGAAGAAGCUAGCCCUGUGCGUCCCCAACAGAGAUGACCUUGAGCUUGACCUCACAGGUGACCUUUCGGAAUUGAAGAAACAGGUGUUCGUGAUAAGGGAGGGCGUCCAAUAUCGCAUUCGGAUUGACUUCGUGGUGCAACGCGAGAUCGUGCACGGCCUCAAGUAUGUGCAGAAGACCUACCGCAUGGGAGUGCCGGUUGAUAAAAUGACCCACAUGGUUGGUUCGUACCCGCCCAAGACGGAGAUCCAGUCGUACACAACCCCCCCUGAAGAUGCACCCUCAGGCAUGCUGGCGAGGGGGUCGUACAGCGUCAACAGUGUGUUUACGGACGACGACAAAAACAUACACCUGGAGUGGGAGUGGUGUUUCGACAUUAAGAAGGAUUGGAACUAGACGCUUGGCUUCAUUUAGACACUGGAUUGGACCCUGUCACUUCUAUGCACUUUACCUUCCCUGGUAUGUGUUUUUGGGUGAGCAAAUGUUUUUUGUAAUAAAUUUCUUUCAAAACUUUUAUUUUGUAAAUAAACUGUAACAAUAUUUCGAUACCAGUGACAGAAAAGGAGACGGCAAAAUUUUUUGAUUAUAAAAUAAUUCCGCUCAGCUUAAUUGAAUGAUAGCGUAUGUGCCAUAGAGUUACAUUGCUCAAGAAUUGUCCUGAUGUUACGCACAUUUUAUUUAUGACGUGUCCAAUCCAGUUGUAAGUGUAUGCUGAUGAGACAACGUUUUCUGCAGGAAUAGUCUUGAGUAUAGCAGAACCAUGAUAAAAAGCUAUGUGGCAUGGUUCUAAACUAUCUUUGUUCUUUUGUGUGUAUUCGUUUAUCUAAAUCUUUGUCAGCAUUUUUAUUUAUGUCUUAUUCAUUUACUUUUAUAUUCAAAUGCAAUAAUAAAAAUAAAAAAAAACUCAUUCUAUGUAAAAUUAAGUACAAUAAAUUUCUUAUUAUAAUUAUUUUCUUUUCGACAUCCUAAUUGAAUUCUGACAUUUCAAAGUUGUGGUAACACCACGAAGUACUUUCCCUUCUAUAUAUUUUUUAUUUUAUAAAAACAGCUGAUAUUUUUUGUAAAAUUUUAACUUCUGUUAAUAAUAAUAUAGGCAGAAGCAAAAUUUGUGAGAAAAGAUGAUGUUGCUAUCUCAGCAUACCCUUUAUCAAGUGUCAAUACCGUUGGCUGACUGGUAGAUUCGACAUUGCAAUAUCGCCUUAAUGCCAAAGCAGUAAGGUACAUUUGUAUCCAUCACAAUAUGUCGAUUAUAACAUAUAACGAUGUCUAUUUAAAAAUUACGUUUGACGAGAUUCUGAAUGUUAAUUUGACGGUGGGUACACACUUUUCCAGUAUCUGGAACAAUCCAUCAAUAAAAUUACGGCGUGAUGUAUUUAAGCAUGAUAAAAGCAUGCUAUUUAUUAAAAGUGAUACACGUGUAUUUUUCGGUAACUAUGGCAUGUCUAAAACUAUUGAACUCUACGGUAAUCAUAACUAAGAGCUGCACUAGGCAAAGGGGCUAGAACUCAGAGCCGUAACAAAAAAAAGCUGUAUUCUUAUAAUCCUCGAUUGCCCAUUUUUAAAUAAAAUGAAAAAAAAUAGAUACAGUUACUAUAUUGUUAAAAUAAUGAUAAUAAUAAAAGUGAUUGACAAUUUUUUUGACUCUCUAAUUUUUGAUACUACAUACAUAGAAUGUAAAUAGUCACUUUUCUACUCAAAUCCAAUAUUUUUAUACAGUUCAUAUUGUUCCAUUGUCUGUGACAUGGAAUUAGGAAUAAGGGUGGCUAUCUUAAUCAGAAAAUACUCAUUUAAAAAAACAUUACAAAAUUCAAGAAUGAGCCAACCAAAUCGUGUUACAUUUUAAAUCCUACUAAAAUUAAGUUUAAUUAAAAGUUUUUUAAACAUUGUGUAUCAACUAGAACUAAUGAUUUUUUUUUUGGAAUUGUGACUUAUUCUAAACUUGUUGUAAUAUAUAAUUAUAUAACAAUUAAGUAGGUUCUCCAUAGAAAGACACCUGAAAUACAUUCUAAAAACUGCAUUUGCUAUGUCGAUUUAAAUGCAUAUAAUUAAUGUUCCUUAUUUUCAAACGCCUAGGAAAUAAGAAAACUUCAAAAGGAUAAGGAUUUUAUUAGUAUAGCUCAUUUAAAGAGUAUUAAUUAAUAUCAAUUUGUAAGCUGUUGAAUAAUGGAAUUGAUAAAUUUUUAUUGAAUUUUAGAAGUUUAAUACGAUAUUAAAAUCUACGUCGAUUAUAUUCUAAAAUAAAAGUGAUUGUAGCAUGUUCAAUAGUAAAACUAUGUCUAAAGUAAUAUGUUACAUUUAAAUGACUUGAUACAUUUUGUACGUAACAUUUAAAUAACUCGAUUUGUUUAAAUAAAUGUUACAUUUAAAUAUCAGGAUGUAUUUAAAUGAGUAUAUCACAUUUAAAUAAAUAUGUUAUGUUAUUUAAACAAACAAAUUACAUAUUAAGAACUCCGAGGUAUUUAAAUGAAUAUGUUACAUUUAAACAACUUUAUACAACAUGUAUAAUGUAUAUGUUCUAGAAACAUGUAUAUGUUCUAGAAACGUGUAUAUGUUCUAGAAACGUGUAUAUGAUCUAGAAACGUGUAUAUAUUCUAGAAACAUAUGUAUGUUCUAGAAACAUGUAUAAGUAUUUGUUCUAGAAACAUAUGUAUGUUCUAGAACCUUGUAUAUGUUCUUGAUUUUAGUCAGCCAUAUUUGUAGUCAGCACUGUUACCGGUUUCCACCGGCAAUUCCUGUAUAGAGCAUUUCAAGCCAAGCUAAUUGAGCUUAUGUGUGUGCGUAUUGAAUUCUAAAUCUAUUUUAUAUAGUUCAUAAGUACCCUCAUUUACACUUAAAAAAUACAAUAAAAGUACUACAGUUGCCUCACGUUUGUUGAAAAAGUGUUUAAAACAAUGAUUUUUAACAAAAAAGAGUAAAUACUGCUUGAGUGGUGUGAUAUAGUUGGGAAAGUAUCUUUAAAGCCGCGUGACUGGAUAAAACUUAUGAAUAAAAACCGCAUAUGAAUUUGCCUUGGCAGUUUUUCCGACAAUAUCACAUUUAAAUUCUCAAAGUUAAAAUAAUUUUAUUUCGGAUUUCGGAAUUUAGAGCGCCAGAUCAAGCCGUAUAUUCCGCAUUUUCAGCUUUCGUGAAGGAAACUGCAUUUAGUCCAAUAAUUUUAGACAUUUUAAACUCCUAUCUGGGGAAAAGUCCUGCUGAGCUGUAUACACCUUUACUACGGUGUUAUUAUGAAGAUGUGAAUAAGUUACAAACAUCAAAAGUCAGUUUUUCACAAAUAUUUGACGACCUGUUGCUUGUAGGUCAAUAGAGGUCAUUAUAAAAAAUGUUCCUCAUAAAAUUGUCUACACUGUCUUUUGAAGUUUUUCUGUAAAAUUAAAGGUUUUCGGAAUAAAGCGCUGAGAAAGCUAUUUUUCCCCAGAUAAAGCCUAAUAUUACUGGACUGAUUACUUUUCGUCGACUGUCUGUCGUUUUUCGUAAUAAUCAAGUAAGAGACAAAUAUCGUCGUCGUGUCUGUAUAAUGGAGUAUAUUUUUAAUACCUAGCUUCUAAUGUAAAUUAACCCAGUUAUCUACGCGCGUGUGGCAAUAAUGUUAUAAAAGUAUUACUUGUAGUUUAAAAUAGACCUUAAGAGUUUUCACAUAAAGUACAUUUUUAAUCGCGCCCGUCGCGGGCGUUUAUCGCAUUUCGGAAUUGUGAAGGUUGAAUUUCGAUCAUAGAAGAUAUUGUUCACAAUUAAUAAGUAUAAAACAAUCAGUAUGUCCAUAUAGACUUGUUACUGAGAGCUUAUGUGGAUUACUGUUUUUCAAUUGUACUACUAUGAUCAUUUUUCAGAUUAGUAUUUUAUUAUGAGAUUUGUGCGCUUACAAUUGGAACACCAAAGUAAACCUUACAUUCCUGGAUUUAAAGUCUAGAUUACAAAACAACUUUUUGCUUCAAUAAAGUGACAAAAUGCUCUAGUUUUGUAUGGAGGGAGGAUCUUUAAUUCUAGGGUCACGCAAGCAGCUCUGACAGUGGAAUUCAUAGACGUCGGGGGUCGCCCCCAGGGGAUCGUUCAUCCGCUGAGUGUCGAGUUUAAACUCUAUGCGUGUGAGAAUUUGACAUUCAGCGGGCGAAUGGUCCCCUGGGGGUACCCCUGCAACGUCUAUGAUUUCCAUUGUUAAUUAUCUUUAACAUAAAUAAUAACCUUUAAAACCUUAAAAAUACAUGACCACCAAUUUUUUUAAUGAAUAAAGUAAUAUAUAUAUUUGCGACGGCUGGCAACAUUAAGUAACAAAGGCGUGAAUUUCUGUCAUGGCAACAUUCUCGUUACCCUGACAGACUAUCCCAGUAAUAUGCGCUCUUUUAAGGCAAAUUAAGGUUUAAUUUUGUUUCGUGUUUGAAAUGAUAUUUUGACAAUAUGCAUGCCAUUGAUAGCUUACACCGAACGUGGGGUUAUCAAAGUUAUAUCGCAAACUAUGGGUCUUAAAAGAAUUUGGACUCUAAACCAUGGAAUAUAAGAUGUAUUUUACUUUGAUUGUGUGUUUAAGCGAUCAAAUCUCGUAAAAUGAUACUGAAGGCUUGUCGUGUAUAAAUGAGGUGCUUCAGUGGUGCCACUGGUGCUCUUCGUUUUAGGUAUUGCGUAAAUUUAGUGGGUAGCAAGAAAAUAAAAUACAAUAUUGCAAUAUUCAAAUACCGAGAAGUGAUAAAAUACAAUAAAACCGAUAAUAAGAGAUGUGAAAAUAUGUAAAUUGUAAGUUACAUGAAAAUCAAACUAUGUUUUCCACUUAGAUUUGUAUUUUUACAUUGUAUCAGUAAAAAUGUUGAAUGAUAUUUUUAAAUUCACUUGUGUAUAAAAUUUCUUACAAUAUAUUUCAUACAAUAGUGGAAACAUUAUUGAGCAGAUUUUUACAAUGCUUGUCGGUCUGUUAAUAUUUAAAUAUAUUAUAUUAGUAAAAUAUGAAACAGUUGCUUAUUAGAGGUUAUUAAAACUCGGAACGCAUUUAUAAUAGAGACACGACUAAUUUAGGCACAGUUAGUAAGCACGCAAGUUAGGCGCCGUUUCAUACUUUACUUUAUCUAAUUUCAUAACAAUAAAACAUGAGUAAAGAAAACAAUUUACUAAUUAUUAUGUACCUUCACAUAAAUAUUUUAAAAAGUAACUUUAUUUAAGACGACAGUUUUUAUUCCAAAUUGUGAACUAUAAAGUUGUAUUUAGUGUAAUUCAUAAGAGCCAGCGGGAAAAAUAGCUUACCUAUGCUUCAGGUCACUCAGACUUUCUGAUUUUACACUGCGAAUAAGCAGAAGUACCUAUUUAUUUAGAAGCCACGUAACAAUGUUUCAAUAGUAGCAUCAUAACUUGACUAACCGAUCGGCGAUCAUUGUGAAUUUCUGAACAGUAAAAAAGUCAAAAUGACAGUUAAAAUAAAUAAAUAGCGCAAAACCAGUAAGCGCGAGUAUAGUAUAAGUUAAGGCUUCCCUUUUAUAAUAUACAUAUUUUUAGUGUAGACAUCUAUUUUUAGCUUUUUUCAUUGAGUACACUUCUGACAUCACACGAAAGACCACAGGUAAGCGAUUUGUCAUGGGCUAAUGUAUUACGGAACUUGUAAAGGGAGUGUUAAUGUCACAAAGAAUCUUGGGGUCACAAAGUCAGGGUCCCGCGGUGCACCGUGGAUUGCUCGUCUCCUGUAAUAUUCGUAUCUUAACUACGGGAGUAAGUUGAUUUUGAUUAUAAAAUGCUAUAUUAUUACUGAUUCAAACCCAGGGUUCUAACUUUACUACUAAUACUUUGUUUUUUUAAAAUAAUCAUCUAUUUUAGUUUUCAUAACGCCAUCGCUUGUGAAAUAAUCCAUUUGUUUAUUAUGUUUGGACGAAUUAGUGAGUACAAUAGCAGUGUGGGCCAUCUUCCAAGAACAGGGGAACAUUGCUUUCCCGGUAAUGUUCUACAUUUCGGGGCUAAGACCUCAUUAGGGUCAAGGUCAAUAUUUGCGAGGUUGUUUCUGGGUCUCUAGCCACGUUACAUAUCGAUCAUCUCUCUAUAAUAAACAUUAACUCUUCAAAAAUUGAAAAAAUUAAGAGAAUUGAUAGGUGACCACGUGACCUAUCGGUAAAGAAUGUCAUACAUUACACAUUUUUUGUCUUCGCAGCUUUAGUGUUUGUAGAUUUGAUAUGUAACAGACCACGCAACUUUUGAUAGAUGUUUUUACGAGUAUAAUAUAUUAAAAAUACUAGCAAUUCGUAGUUUCGUAAUACAGAGGCUUAUAGUGCUUAUGCAUUAUUGUGAUCUGAACCCGAAGAUAUUCAGCUUAGUGCCAGAAAUGGUGUGUUUAUGUGAUUCGGAUUAGACUAGUGCAGAGGUACUGAUCGGUGCUUGAUGUGUCACAAUUUUGUAACUUGCAAUGGUGUUAUAAUGUAAAAGGAGGGUAGUACACCUUAAUGUAAAUUUGGUAUAGGCCAUGAUUUAUGGAUUUAAGUAAAUGGAAGAUUUGCGUUUGAACUUUUUUUUUUACUAAAUGAAUUUCAUUCAUUAUAAAAUAAGUGAAUAGUAAAUAUCGUGUAAAAAAUAUCAAUGCAACAUUAAGUUUUUAGCAUAUUACAAGAUGGCGUCGCUCUAGCAAAUGACAGCAAAUGACAAUAAAUCUGCCAUAAUUUUGACUGAAAUCUUUACUUUUAGGAAUUAUAAUUUAUCUCUCUUUUUAUAUUAUAAUACCAGUAUUAUGGAGUGUACAAAAAUUACAAUGUAGGUAUAUUUCUCUGUGUAAUUAAGAACUCUUUUCGGUUUAAUUAGUGAAAAUAACAGAAAAUAUAUAAUUAUAAAAUAUUAUACCUAGUUAAUUUGAUUAUUUACAAAUUGAAAUUAGCAAUGUUUAAUGCUCCUAACCUAUUAUAAUUGUGUAGUAGGUUUUUAGUAAUAAUAUUUUCUAGUGCUAUUAGGUAUUUUAUAUUGAUUUUAUUUGUUACUGCUGUAAUUGAUUUAUUUUUUAUUUCAAUAGAUGUGUAAAGUUGUAUGCAAUGUAAUAGUUUGGCCAAAAAUAAAGCUUAUUUAUUCAGA